AUGCUUGCAGAGCCUGCCCCGACUGCCCUGGAGCAAGAGCAGCUUGGAGCUGUCAAGCUGGAGGAGGAUGAGAUUGCUGGCCAGGAGGAUCACGGGCGACCAGAGCCCAGGCCUCGGCCUGAAGUGGCCCACCAGCUUUUCAGAUGCUUCCGGUAUCAGGAGGACAUGGGGCCAAGGGCAUCCCUGGGCCGGCUGCGGGAGCUCUGUAACCAUUGGCUGCAGCCAGCUCUGCACACAAAGAAGCAGAUCCUGGAGCUGCUGGUGCUGGAGCAAUUCCUGAGUGUGCUGCCCCCACACCUGCUGGGCCGCCUGCAGGGUCAACCACUUAGGGACGGCGAGGAGGUGGUGCUGCUGCUGGAGGGUGUGACCCGGGACACUAGCUUCGUGGGGCCACUGGACUUUAGUUGCAGUGCCAGCAAGAAUUGUUCCCAUGCAGUCAUCAUCUUGGAGGAACAGGGGGGCUCUUCCCAGGUUCAGCACAGCCCCAAAAAGGAAGUGCCCUUGGAAGAGCCUCCAGCUCUGCGUCCACUGACUGAAUUGCCCCCAUCCCAGCCAGGCCCUGCCCUGCCUGCUGAGCCUGGGGAGUGGAGACUUGCCCCAAGUUCAAAGCAGCAGCUGAGCCCAGAACCCCAGAGGACACUCCUGGCCUUGCAAGAAAGCAUCCCCCAGGGCCCCUUGCUGUGGCUGGAGGAGAAUUCUCGAGAUCAGGAGCUGGCCUCUGUAUUGGAGACCCUGACCUUUGAGGAUGCCCCAGAGAAGAAGGCUUGGCCCAUGCGCCCACUUGGAUUUGGAAGCAGAACACCAGACAGGGAGGAAUUUAAACUAGAAGAGCCCAAAGAGGCUGCCUGGCCGACCACUGUCGCAGCGGAGUCCCAGGCAGAGAGCCCUAGGGUAGCAGGAGAGCCUCUUGUCCAGACGCUGGGGCAGGAGGCAGGCGGCUCUGGUGAAGCAGGAACCCGUCCUGACAGCAGUGACGUUUUGGAGGUCACAGUGGCCGUGGGCGCUCCCGAAUCAGAGGCAGAGAUGCAGUUCAUAUGCACAGAGUGUGUGAACUUCCCGAAGCUCUCCAGUCUGCAGGCACAUCAGCUGAGCUGUCACCCCAGCGGCCGCUCCUUCCUGUGCCUGUGCUGCGGGAAGAGCUUCGGCCGCAGCUCCAUCCUCAAGCUGCACAUGCGCACGCACACGGACGAGAGGCCCCAUGCCUGCCACCUGUGCAGCCACCGCUUCCGGCAGAGCUCGCACCUGGCCAAGCACCUGCUCACACACUCCUCGGAGCCCGCCUUCCGGUGCGCAGAGUGCGGCCAGGGCUUCCAGCGCCGCUCCAGCCUGGUGCAGCACCUGCUGGCACAUGCCCAGGACCCAAAGUCCACGUGUGUCCCGGAGGCCAAGACAGAAGUGGCAGAGGUGGCUGUUUUCCUGUGCUCCCACUGCGGGCAGACCUUCCAGCACCGCUCCAGCCUCAAGCGUCACCUGCGGAUCCACGCCAGGGGCAAGGACCACAAGGACCACCGGUCCUCGCAGGAAGCCUCGGGCAGCCCGAGCUCCGGCCGCGAGAGCAGGCCGCACAAGUGCGAGGAUUGUGGCAAGGCCUUCCGGCGCAGCGAGCACCUGGUGACACACCGGCGCGUGCACACGGGCGAGCGUCCCUUUUCCUGCCAGGCCUGCGGCCGCAGCUUCACCCAGAGCUCCCAGCUGGUCAGCCACCAGCAGGUGCACUCGGGCGAGAAGCCCCACGCCUGCCCGCAGUGCGGGAAGCGCUUCGUGCGCCGCGCCGGCCUUGCCCGCCACCUGUUGACGCACGGUGGCCCGCGGCCCCACUGCUGCGGCCAGUGCGGCAAGAGGUUCAGCCAGACCCAGGACCUGGUCCGUCACCUGCGCAGCCACACCGGAGAGAAGCCUUGCCGUUGCAGCCAGUGCGGCGAGGGCUUCAGCCAGAGCGCCCACCUCGCGCGCCACCAGCGCAUCCACACGGGGGAGAAGCCCCAUGCCUGCGACACCUGCGGCCACCGCUUCCGAAACAGCUCCAACCUGGCCCGCCACCGUCGCAGCCACACAGGCGAGAGGCCCUACAGCUGCCCGACCUGUGGCCGCAGGUUCCGGCGCAAUGCCCACUUGCAACGCCACCUGGUCACGCACACAGGGCAAGGGCAGGAGGCGGAGGCGCCCCAGGAGUGCCCCGAGUGUGGCAAGAGCUUCAGCCGCAGCUGCAACCUGCUGCGCCACCUGCUGGUGCACAGCGGCGCCAGGCCCUACACCUGCGCGCAGUGUGGCCGCAGCUUCAGCCGCAACUCCCACCUGCUGCGCCACCUGCGUACCCACGCCCGGGAGACGCUGUACUAG